CAUCAGGUGGUGUUUGUGGUGUCUGUGAAGAAGACGGUGUACGUGGUGGCAAAGCAUGAUCUGCGCGGGAAGGGUGUGAUGUUCAAGUGCCACGGCUUCAAGGUCAAGUCCACAGCCGUGGCAAAGCAGCUGGCCCAGGAGAUUGCCGUCAUCUGCAACCAAGUCUUCAAGAAGCUGCGGCAAACGCGGACGUUUGUCCGAUCACAAAGCACAACAAAGCAGCCGUCCGUGUCUGCUGAGGGUGUGCCGCUGCGCAACAAGACGGAUCCCGACACGCGCGCGCUCAAGCGCCUCAUUGCACAGACCCGCAUCAGCGUCACACAGGGCGCAGACCACGUGGAUGACGUCUCAGACAAGGACGAGGAGGAGGCUGAGACGAUGCUGUGCGGCCCGGAGCCCGCGGUGCCGGCAGAGGCGGAGGAGGGCGGUGCGGACUUUAGUGUUGUGGACGAAAUCAUUCGACAGCUGCAGAUGUCCAUCCUCGCCGUCGACGCUGCCAUCGAACAACGCGGUGAGGCGCCGUCGUCAUCACAGCAACAGCAGCAACAACAGCAGCAACAACAGGAGCACGGCGCAGAGGAGGACGAGGAAGAUGAGGAGGUUGCGGAGGUGGAGGCCGAGGACAUUGACUUUGAAGAGUUUUCAGACGAUUUCGCUCGCAUGACACUUUACCUCCACGGCGACACCGUCCGAAACCGGCCGAUGCCCAAGUAUGCGGAGGUGACGCUGGACAGCGAUCUGUUCGACCUCACGUCCAUGGUGUAACCGGUGCCGCUAAAGUGACGCGGCAAACUCUCCUCGACACAUGCACACGCACACACACAUGUAUGUUCACCGCUGUUGCAGGCUCGUGCUUUCUGUCAUGUCCAUCUGUUCCCUGGUUGGUGUGUUGCUUCUACGUCGGCGUUUGGAGGUUUUGGGCUUGAUGUUGGAGUGGAACAGAAUGAAACGAAAACGCAAGCACGAA